AUGGAUGAAAUUGAGCGAUCUCGUCAAAUAUUCAACCAACCUGUUCAGAAAAAGGAGAAAAUCUCGCAAAACGACAAAAUUAGCUACAAACACCAAAAUGAGUCGCUUUUGAAGAAGGUUUUGCAAUUGCAAGCGCUCAAUUCCAAAUCGGAGAAGACGAUUGAGCGACUUCAAAAAGAAAAUAACGAGUUGCGGAUACAAAAUCAAAAAUUGCGUGAAGGUCUCGACGAGGAAAAAAUCGACAUCAUCGUAGCCCAGCGACUAAAGAGCAAAUUGGCGCACAUUUCGGCGAUUUCGCAACGGACCAUUCAAUUUCUUCAAACCGCGGGCCUCAGUUUACAAGAGGCCGUCAAAGAAAUCGAACCCGAGCCAUCGGCACCUCCGCCGACACGCAAAAAGCUCAGCGCCGCGCCGAAUUUGGAGAAUCUUCAGGAAUCGCCGAUAUCGAAACGAUCGAGAGAGACGGACGUCGACAAUGACGAGAAUCUCUUCGCGCGGCCCAAAAAGGGUCGAAGAAGCGCCCUAAUUGGGCAUAUCGCCGAAACGCCGAGGAGUUCGAAGCCGGCGCCGUUGCGAAUCGUGCCGGGACCCGUCGACGAGCAAAUCGACAAUGAGCCGCAAAUCAAAGACGCCGAGCGGCCUGUGAAAUUCGAGCGUCCGUCGACGCCAAUUCAACUCAAUUCUACGCUUCAUCGUCCUCCGAGAUCGGCGAAAUUGAAGGUGAGCUCGUACAAAGAGCCGCAGUUGGGCGGAAAAUUGCGAAACCCCGGAAAAUUCGUCCAUGUGACCGGCAUCGACACAUCGUGUUUGGAUUGA